AUGUGGUUAAGGAGCGAUGUUUUCCCUCUGCUUUGGCUGCAUCUUUGUCUGCUGGGGAAGGUCCUGGAGGUGAAAGGGCAGGAAAGAAGCCAUCUGCAGGAGGUUCUCAGGGCCCUGAGCCUACGCUCGGAGGCAGACCCACAGCUUCAGCUCCCCAAGAACCAGACUGGAGACCUACUGACCGCUCUCCUCCAGGCGGUGCGUUGUGUAGAACGGACCGGCACCUCCCAGGGAGUUUGUGACAGGUGCCUCACACCGGAUGUGGUCCUCUCCGUGCUAGAGGAUGAUGGGAAGGCAUAUUACACAGAAGAGGACUAUCGCCGCAUCUCCACUGUUCUGCUGUAUUACGUGAUCAAUAUGCAAGACUUGUGUGUGUCAAAUGCCGCAUCGUCUUCCUCCUCUCCCUCUUCUUCCUCAUCUCUGAACUACCAGUUCUACCUGUUGGCCCUCUCCAACUUUGACCCAACUGAGGACAACCAUUUUCUCUCAUUCAGUGAAAUAGAGAGUAUUCUGCAGCUCAUCAACCAGCACUAUCAACCCUCCUUCCAAGAAACAUCUGCUCCAUCUGACUUACAAUGUAUUGACGCCGCUCAGCUCAUGGAAGAAGUUGGAGAGCGAGAAAGUCUGGGUGCUGGGGCAUCCUCCGUGUCCAAACUGGCUGCCGCCAUCAUCAGCCAUAUCCUACAAGGCCAUUGUUUCAGCAGCAGGGACAUUCCUUCCCCUGCUUUCUUCAUCGACUAUAUCUUCCAAUCCUUGAACUGUACUACAGACCUCCAAAUUACAGAUUUAGAGAAGCUGCUUCACCAGCUGGGUGUAGGAGAGGGAGGAGCCACUCAUUCCCAUGGCAGGAAGAGGCGGGGCAUCGCAGGCUUCUCUCAGAUGGAGGUGGGGCAAGAAAAAGAUACCUGCGACCAUGAGGCUCGGGGGAUCGGCCCAGACUGGUCUCAGGUGUGUUUUUCAGCCAGUCAGUUGAUGGAUAUUUUUGCUCUGGACCCUCAUUUGCCGAUUUCCAGAGAGCAUUUCAGACAGAUCAGUCCGGCCAUCAUUCAGCAGUUGCUAGGCAAUGCCUGUGAGUCCAAAGAGCACACAACAAGAGGAUCUCCACCCACCGCCCUCGAGAAAUAUGGUUACAGCACAGCUGCCGUCCUGCUCAUCACACUGGGCUCCAUGCUGGGCACGUGUCUGAUCUUCUUCAACUCCUGUCAGGAAACCUACGUCCUCAUCCUGCAGCUGUUUGUUGGACUGGCCGUGGGCACUCUCUCAGGAGAUGCCCUGCUGCACCUCAUACCACAAACACUUGGCCUCCAUGAUUACAGUCACGGUCAUGAUGACGAGGACUUUACCGAGAGCAAAGAUUAUCUGUGGAAGAUCCUGGGCAUGAUUGCUGGAAUCUACAGCUUCUUUCUCAUUGAACGAACCUUUUCCUUUGUGGUUCCAGCCCAUGGCCAUGGGCAUUCCCAUGACCUUCCUUUAGAGCUCAACUGCAAUGGCCAAUCAGAGCGGGGCAAGUCCAUCUCUACCAUGCAGCUGGGAACUGUAGAGGAGUUGGACUGUACAGAAAUGCCCGCCGAAGACCCAGAGACCACCAGCCUGACAAAUCAGAGACAUGGGGUUCCUCUGCUCGCCGUGAUGGUAAUCGUCGGAGACAGCCUUCAUAACUUCGCUGAUGGCCUGGUGGUGGGGGCAGCCUUCUCGUUGUCAGCUGAGACCGGCAUGGCAACAACUGUGGCCAUCCUGUGCCACGAAAUCCCUCACGAGAUGGGGGACUUUGCGGUAUUGCUCAGCUCGGGAAUGUCGGUGAGGAGCGCCGUGCUGAUGAACUUCCUCAGUGCGCUGACGGCCUUCAUGGGCCUCUACAUUGGACUGUUUGUGUCCGCGGAGGCAGAGGUGCAGCAGUGGAUCUUCACCGUGACCGCCGGGAUCUUCCUGUAUCUGUCCCUGGUGGAAAUGCUUCCAGAGAUGAGUCGAGUGAAGACCGACAGGCCAUGUCUCAUGUUUCUCCUACAAAACCUCGGCCUGCUGAUGGGUUGGGCCUGUCUUCUGCUCCUCGCGCUCUUCGAACACGAACUCAAGUUUUAA